AUGCCAAGCGCUUCUUAUGCUGCGCGGCAGCCUCCCGCCGAGAAGGGCGAGAAGCCUGUUCAUGUGCUGGUCACUGGCUUUGGCUCCUUCCUCGAGAAAUACCCCAAGAACUCAUCCUGGGAAAUCGCAUCCACACUCCCUGCCCUGAUACCUGCAUCCCCAGGCAACCCAACGCCGAUCCAAAUCAGAGUCCACCACGAGCCCAUCCGCGUCGCAUAUCGCACCGUCACCGACCUCGUCCCCAAGCUCUUCUCUCCGGAGCCCGCCACCGGCCCGCCUCCAGACAUCGUCCUACACAUCGGACUCGCCGCAUCCCGCAACUUCUACGCCAUCGAACAGGGCGCGCACGGCCGCGGCUACGCCCGAGCCGCCGACGUCGACGGCGCCUUAUUCCAAGACGCCGAAGCAGCGGACUUAUUCCCUUCGGCCCGCUUUCCCCCGCAGCUCAAGACAGGCUUCGACACGUCCGAUGUGCUCGCCCGCUGGCGCGCAUUCCUGGGCUUCUGGAAUCCCGACGGCAGCGCUGAAGUCGAAGAGCUGCCAGACGUGCGCGUGAAUCCCGACGCGGGGAAUUUUCUGUGCGGGUUCAUCUACUACAACAGCCUGGCGCACUACCACGAGCUGAAUGGGGGAGAGGCGGGGGGGCGGCCCGUGGCGUUCAUGCAUGUUCCGGAUCUGACGGGGAGCGAGGGGAAGUUGAGGGAGGGAUGGGAGGUUGCUGUUGCGUUGAUCAAGGCGCUUGUGGAUAGCCGGCGAAAGGUUGGGCUUAGAGGUGGUCAUGCUGGGGAAGGUGCAAAGCAAGAGGAUGAUGUGAAGAACAACACUUCGACCUGA